AUGACGUUUUCGAUGAGAGAUUUAGACCAGGCUCUCCAAGGAUGUGGCCAGAAAUCCGGGCUUGAGAUAUGGCGCAUAGAGGAUUUCAAACCUGUCGCUGUUCCAAAAGAGUCCCAUGGUAAAUUUUUCACCGGGGAUUCUUAUAUUGUCUUAAAGACCACAGCGUCAAGAAGUGGGUCCCUGCAUCACGAUAUUCACUACUGGCUCGGUAAAGAUUCCAGUCAGGACGAAGCUGGUUCUGUUGCUAUUAUGACAGUUGAGUUAGAUUCAGCGUUAGGUGGGCGUGCUGUUCAGUACCGAGAAGUACAGGGUCAAGAGACCGAGAAGUUCCUUUCUUACUUCAAACCUUGCAUAAUACCUCAGGAAGGUGGCGUUGCUUCCGGGUUCAACCAUGUAAAGCCCGAGGAGCAUCAGACGCGUCUGUAUAUCUGCAAAGGCAAACAUGUCGUCCGUGUGAAGGAGGUGCCGUUUGCUCGGUCUACUCUCAACCACGACGACGUUUUCAUUCUUGAUACAGAGUCUAAAAUUUUCCAGUUCAGUGGUUCUAAAUCAAGUAUUCAAGAAAGAGCAAAAGCUCUCGAGGUUGUUCAGUACAUUAAAGACACGUACCAUGAUGGAAAGUGCGAGAUUGCAGCCGUUGAGGAUGGGAGGAUGAUGGCUGAUGCUGAAGCUGGAGAGUUUUGGGGUUUGUUUGGUGGGUUUGCUCCGCUUCCUAAGAAACCAGCAGCCAAUGAGGACCAAACCGCUGAAUCUGACGGGAUCAAACUCUUCAGUGUUGAAAAGGGAAAGACAGAACCCAUAGAGGCUGACUCUUUGCAGAAAGAGCUUCUGGACACUAACAAAUGUUAUAUUCUUGAUUGCGGUCUCGAAAUGUUUGUUUGGAAGGGAAGAAGUACUUCAAUCGACCAAAGAAAGAGCGCAAGUCAAGCUGCAGAAGAGUUUUUCCGUUCGUCUGAACGUCCAAAAUCAAACCUGGUCAGUGUGAUGGAAGGGUUUGAAACAGUGAUGUUCCGAUCUAAGUUUGACUCAUGGCCGGCUACAAGUACCGUAGCUGAGCCCCAGCAAGGCAGAGGCAAAGUGGCAGCUCUUUUGCAACGGCAAGGAGUUAACGUUCAAGGCCUAGUUAAGACUUCUUCUUCAUCUUCUAAAGAUGAACCUAAGCCAUACAUUGAUGCCACAGGAAAUCUCCAGGUGUGGCGAAUCAAUGGCAAGGAGAAGAUCCAUCUCGAAGCAGCGGAGCAAUCUAAGUUCUAUAGUGGAGAUUGUUACAUAUUCAUGUAUUCAUAUCCAGGAGAAGACAGAGAGGAACAUCUAGUGGGUACUUGGUUUGGAAAACAAAGCAUUGAGGAAGAUAGAGCAUCUGCUAUUUCCAUGGCAAGUAAGAUGGUUGAAUCCAUGAAGUUCAUGCCGGCUCAGGCUCGCAUUUACGAGGGAAAAGAACCGAUUCAGUUUUUCGUGAUCAUGCAAAGCUUUAUCACAUUUAAGGGUGGUCUAAGUGAUGCCUUCAAGAAGCACAUAGCAGAGAACGAAGUCCCUGAUACUACUUACGCUGCAGAAGGUGUUGCGCUGUUUAGGGUUCAAGGUUCCGGACCAGAGAACAUGCAAGCCAUACAGAUAGAAGCGGUUUCCACAGGGCUAAACUCGUCGCAUUGUUAUAUAUUACAUGGUGAUUCUACUGUUUUCACUUGGUGUGGCAAUCUAACUUCCUCGGAUGAUAAAGAACUUAUGGAGAGAAUGCUGGAUCUCAUCAAGCCAAAUGAACACACCAAGGCACAAAAGGAAGGUUCAGAAUGUGAACAGUUUUGGGAAUUGUUAGGAGGCAAAUCAGAAUAUCCGAGUCAAAAAAUCAAAAAGGAUGGGGAGAGUGAUCCUCAUCUCUUCUCUUGCGCAUUCUCAAACGAUAAUCUAAAGGCUACGGAGAUCUUCAGCUUCACUCAGGAUGAUUUGAUGACUGAAGAUAUCUUCAUUCUUGAUUGUCACACUGAGAUCUUUGUCUGGGUCGGGCAACAAGUUGACCCCAAGAAGAAGCCACUAGUUUUAACCAUUGGAGAGAAAUUCCUUAAGCACGAUUUCCUUCUAGAGAAUCUAGCAAGCGAGACACCGAUAUACAUUGUAACUGAAGGAAACGAGCCUCCUUUUUUUACUCGGUUCUUCACCUGGGAUUCUUCUAAAUCUGCAAUGCAUGGAAACUCUUUCCAGAAAAAGCUCGCAGUCCUGACAAACAAAGGAAAGCCGCUUCUAGAUAAACCUAAAAGGAGAGUACCAGUGUACAGCAGCCGGUCCAGCGUUCCAGACAAAUCACAGCCGCGGUCAAGAAGUAUGACUUCUAGUCCAGACAGAGCUCGUGUGAGGGGACGGUCUCCAGCUUUCAACGCCCUUGCUGCAAACUUUGAGAAAUUAGGCACAAGAAACCAAUCAACUCCACCACCUAUGGUCAGCCCAUUGGUCCGGAAGCUUUACCCGAAAUCUCUUGCACCAGACCUCACAAAGCUCGCUCCCAAAUCCGCAGCUUUUGCUGCCCGCACAGCGCUUUUCGAGAAAUCUACGCCCGCUCCUCAAGAAGCACCAACUAGUCCUGCUACAUCUCAAGCUACAAACGAAGCGGAGGCACCAAAGGUGACAGCAGAGACGACAGAGGAAGAAUCAAUGAGCAGCAUUAAUGAAGAUUCAAAAGAAGAAGAAACAGAAGAAGACAGCAGCCUGGAAACAUUCCCAUAUGAACGGCUUAAAACGGACUCAGAGGAUCCUGCUCCAGAGAUCGACCUCGCUAGAAGAGAGGCAUACAUGAGUGCAGCAGAGUUCAAGGAGAAAUUUGAGAUGACAAAGAAUGAGUUCUAUAAACUACCAAAGUGGAAACAAAACAAGCUUAAAAUGGCUGUUCAAUUGUUCUGA